UGUGCUGAAUGAAGUCAUCAAGAAAUUUAAGAAGAGGGCACUCAGUCCUCCUCCUCCUCCUCCACCCAAGAAUUAUGCUGGCCCAGGAGACGUGGAGUGUGACUUCUGUAUUGGGAAGAAGUUCAGAGCAGUGAAGUCCUGUCUUACCUGCAUGGCGUCCUACUGUCAGAUUCACCUGAAGCCUCACAAUGAAGGAGAUGCCUGGAAGGGACACAAGCUGGUUGAUCCUGAUAGAAAUCUGAAGGAGAAACUUUGUGAGAAACAUCAGAAAAGUCUGGAAAUAUUCUGUAAAACUGAUGAGACGUGCAUCUGCAUGAUGUGUGUGGUGACUGGACAUAAAGAUCAUGAAAUAGUCGAGCUGGAGACAGAAAGAGAAAAUAAAGAGAAACAGCUGAAGGUGUCACUCAGUGUCAUCAAGAGGAGACUUGCGGAGAAAGAGAAGACACUGAAGGAGACGAGGAGGGCGAUGGAUGAGAUGAAGAAUUCCCGCAGUUAG